GAAGCGGCUAUAUUUAUAUCACCCCUGCCACGCUGAUAUAGAAGAAAAGCGGGGGGAGGGAGACGGAAGCGUCGAAAGAAACCAGAUGCGAUCUGGAAAAACCUGCACGGCAUGCUGAGAUGUUUUGUGCUGCGGGCUAACUGCAACUCAGGGACACAAGGGCGCCAUUCAUUCGGCGCGCUUUUGUCCCUCCCCCUCGCCGAGAGAGAGAGAGAGAGACGAGCGGGGAGGCCGGGCUCCUCUUCUUCCCACACGGAGCGAGUCCAAGGGGCACUUGGACCGAUUUCCCGAGUGCGGGACCGAAAGAGAGAGAAAUUUUUCAUUUGGACUUAGCAAGUCCCCGUUGCAAUCAGGCAGGCUGCGAAUGGCAUGCAAUAGAAAGGGGCGUGUUCCUGAAGGGGGGGCUGUGUGUGUGUGUGUGUGUGUGUGUAUACUGUAUAUAUAUUUGUAUAUAUUUUGUACAAGGGUCCAGCCGGCCAGCCCCCUUUAGGAACACGCCCCUUUCCAAUGCCUGCCUGCCUGCUCUUUGGACUUGCCAAGUGCCCGUCAGCCCCCCCGUCAAAAAAGUUGCGCGGCUGCGCAACGGAGAAGGAAAGGGUGCGCGGGGUGGCGGAUGAGUGAGGGAAGCUGCAGAGACAGCGGAGGCGCCGGUGCUUUCGGGGACGAGAGAACGAACUUCGGUUUGUGCCCGUAUGAUCCCAGUCAACAGCAGACUUGCUGGCUCCCUCAGCAGGUUCCUCGCAAGGUCCCGAACAGAUCAAGGAAGCACGACGCAGGCCUUCACAAGUGUGGGCCAGAUCCUUGAGAACUUUCCAGUUAAAGUAUUUGAACCUAUAUUGUGUAUACCAGAAGAUCCACGGAGGAAAACAUGUCUUAUUUACUCAAAGAAUUUCUAAAAUGUGGUUUUGCCUGCCAAAUGCAUAGAGUAGGAACAUUAUUAACUGGAAAACAUACGCUGAAAAAUUCCAAAGCCUUCAGUGGACAACAACUGAACACUUCACGAGCUUUAUCUCAAGUUAGUGCCAAGAAUGUGGACUCUUUCAGUUAUGUAAUUGUUGGAGCUGGAUCUGCAGGAUGUGUAUUGGCCAACCGAUUGACAGAAGAUCCUCACAGCACUGUUAAACUCCUGGAAGCCGGGCCAAAAGAUACCAUUUUGGAUAGCAAGCAAUUGCUGUGGAAGAUCCAUAUGCCCGCUGCACUAACCUACAACCUAUGUGAUGAGAAAUAUAACUGGUAUUACCACACAACACCGCAGAAGCACAUGGAUAAUCGAAUUAUGUAUUGGCCCAGAGGAAGAGUGUGGGGGGGAUCAUCAUCCCUCAAUGCUAUGGUGUAUAUUCGGGGCCACGCAGAGGAUUACAACAGGUGGAGCAAGGAAGGGGCUGUUGGAUGGGAUUAUGAGUUUUGUUUGCCCUAUUUUAAGAAAGCACAGACACAUGAGCUGGGUGCUGAUUUGUAUCGAGGUGGGAAUGGUCCACUUAAUGUGACCAGGGGAAAAACAAAAAACCCUCUUCACCGUGCAUUUUUGGAUGCAGCGCAACAAGCUGGGUAUCCCUUCACAGAGGAUAUGAAUGGCUUUCAACAAGAAGGCUUUGGUUGGAUGGAUAUGACAAUACACAAAGGUCAAAGAUGGAGCACAGCUAGUGCUUACCUUCGCCCUGCAUUGCCACGCCCAAACUUGUCUGCAGAAGACAGUACACUUGUUACAAAAAUUUUGUUUGAAGGGACCAAAGCCAUUGGCAUUGAGUAUGUUAAAAAUGGAGAAAAGAAAAAGGUUUUUGCUAGUAAAGAAGUUAUUUUAAGUGGAGGUGCCAUAAAUUCCCCACAGUUACUUAUGCUGUCUGGAGUUGGAAAUGCAGAUGACCUAAAAAAAUUAGGAAUUCCUGUUGUCUGCAACCUUUCAGGAGUUGGCCAGAAUCUUCAAGAUCAUUUAGAAGUGUAUGUACAACAGAAAUGCACUCAACCUGUAACAUUGUAUAAAGCACAAAAGCCUCUUCAGAUGGUCAAGAUUGGGCUUGAAUGGUUCUGGAAAUGUACAGGUGACGGAGCCACUGCUCAUCUAGAGUCUGGGGGAUUUAUCAGAAGUAGACCUGGAGUUUCUCAUCCAGAUAUUCAGUUCCACUUCCUCCCUUCUCAGGUGAUUGAUCAUGGACGUGUUGCUUCUCAACUGGAAGCUUACCAAGUUCAUGUUGGACCUAUGCGAAGUACAAGUAUAGGAUAUCUAAAGCUGAAAGGUACAGACCCAAGAGAGCAUCCUGUCCUUGAGCCCAACUAUUUGUCAACAGAAAUAGAUGUCUGGGAAUUUCGCCAGUGUGUGAAGCUAGCAAGAGAGAUAUUUGCUCAGGAAGCCUUUGAAAAAUUCCGUGGACCUGAAAUUCAACCAGGAAGCCAUGUUCAGUCUGAUGGAGAAAUAGAUGCCUUCAUAAGACAAAAGGCUGAUAGUGCCUACCAUCCUUCGUGCACUUGUAAAAUGGGACAGAGUUCUGAUCCCACUGCUGUGGUUGAUCCCCAGACCAAAGUUAUAGGGACAGAAAACCUGAGAGUUGUUGAUGCCUCAAUAAUGCCUAGUAUCGUAAGUGGAAAUUUAAAUGCCCCAACCAUCAUGGUAGCAGAGAAAGCUGCUGAUAUAAUCAAAGGACUACCAUCGCUUCAAGAGAAAAAUGUUCCUGUAUAUAAACCCAAAACUUUGGAAACUCAGCGAUGAAAUAGCUGUGACGUUCUUUGCAGAAUGUAUUCUAAUAAUAUUGAAAAUCAAUUUUCUAUUUCAGUCAAACAAAGAGAUUUGGUGUGUAAUGAAAAUUGUUCAGAAAAUAGCUGCACCCUCAAGUAAGAACAGGUAAAAAUAUCUAAGAAAUUGCUUGAUAACAGCAUGGCUGAUAUGCAUGGAUAUUUAUUACUUCAUGUAGUAGGAUCUUAUGAUGGAAUUGACUUAAGAUCUUGAUUAGUUAGGAUGUAGUUUGUGGGCUUACAGAAGAAUUUCCCUACACUAUAACAUGGAGGGAUGGUGUUGCUAUCAUUUCUUCAUGCAGUAAAAUCCCUACAAGUUUUCACAGGGCACACUCUAGCCAAGGCCAAAGGGGACAGAAGACUCUGGGUUUCCAGUAGGAUGAGGCUCUUGGGCUACUGCAGUCACAGGAUUUGACAUGAUAAUGAACUAGAGCUGGGGUUGUAAAUUUUUGGCAUAAAUCCAAAUUGCACCAUUUCAGAUUUCAUCAGAACCGCUGAAUAAAGAACCUCAUAGAAAUAAUAAUAAUUUUUUAUCGCUUGCUUGAAUGAAUUUAUAGGUCAAUCUUAAAUGUACCUUUUCUGUUAUUGACUAUAACAAAGGUUACCAUGAACAUAUUUUAAUUGUUUAUAGCUAUGGAUGUUUCACUGUGUCACUUGUUUUUAAUUAUCUGGCUUUCAGUGUAAUAUAUUUUCUAAUAGCAGCUUGCUGUUUUUUCACUUUC